CCUGGCUCGUGCAGUCCAUCUCGGGUAGUCCGCCAUUGGUCAAGUCCCCCUUCCUUCCCCCACCCUCUCCGCGUCGCGUCUCCCCCGCCUCGUCUCCGUCCGCCGCACAACCUCUGCUACCCCCCACUGCAUCCAGCUCGCGCUGCGCUGGGGUUGACCGGGCCGGCGCGAGACUCGCCCGGCUGGCCGCGAAGAUGGACGUGCGUCGGACUGCGCAGGUGAAUCAGGUCGUCGGCGCCGUCGGGGUGCCACCGCCGCCGCAAAUCCAGACGCAGGAUCCCGCGGGCGUCGCCGCGUGGGCCGAUCCCGAGUUCAUGAUGCUGCGCACCAACACCCGAGAGAAGAUAUUCAAGUAUAUAGAAAGGAAGACGGGCUCGGAUGAUUGGCGGAGGAGAUUACCGGAGCUCGCGAGGAGGCUCGAGGAAAUCUUGUUUAUGAAAUACCCAAGCAAGAGGGAGUACUACUGUAUGAUGCGGGCACCAAUUGAGCCACAAUUGCAGUAUGCUAUCAAGACCUUGAGUGCACGGAACCAACAAAAUCAACAAAACCUAGCCUCGUCAAGACAGAUAGCAUCUUCCCCUGGCCAUGGGACGAUGAUUCUGACACCUGGUAUCACGCAAGGCGCAAGUGAAAAUUCUAGAAUGUCUUAUGUGACAGGCAAUAUUGGCCCUUCCUCGUCUAGUGCAGACAUGGUUCCUCCGAACACCAACAUGGGUACCUUGCUGCCAGGGGAAGCUCCUGAUGAGCAUGUGAACACACUGCUAUCGCUGGGGAUGAAUCCUACACAGUAUGAUCACCCCAGAGCCAACAACAACAACCUCAUGAUAGACACAGUGGACACACCUGCAACCAACAGGCUCUUGAAAUCACGUGCACCUCUGAAGGAGGUCCGAAAUGAGCCAAAGUUUAGCUGCCCAGUCUGCAUGAAUGAGCUGGUCGAUCCAUCAUCAACCAUCUGUGGCCACAUCUUCUGCCAGAAGUGCAUCCAGGCCUCCAUCCAGGCUCAGAGCAAGUGUCCGACCUGCCGUAGGACGUUAACCGUGAACUGUUUCCACCGCGUCUACCUCCCGACGAUGGACUGACCUGAUCCACCCUGUUUUAUUUACUCUUUUACCCCCGGGUGCUGCAGAUCAGAUGGUAACAUUUGAGAAACAGGUUUGGUGACUGACGGCGUUAGCAGGGAUAUGGACUGUCAUUUGCUUUUCUUUAAAGUCUUCUUAAGGCAUUUGUAUUAUUUACCUGUAUAAGGUAUAUUUACUUCCUUUGUGAGUUGUAUCUCCCUUGUAUAUUGUAUCUAUUUGUUAAAUAUGACUCUUCAGAGUUGUUGUAUAUAUAUGUUGUUGUGGAUCUGUCA